CUAAAUGCGUCGGGUCUCACAUUGAAAUUCCAAUUAUAACCCUUCCCAGUUCCCCCCUUCUUGCUCUUCAGCUCGAUAGCUGCAGCCUGCAAGCCAGAAUCGAAGAGAAGAAGACGAACACAGAAAAAUGUCUGCAAUUUUUAGGUACAACAAAACAAAGCUCCGCCACCAUUUCACUUUUAAAAUUACCUUUCUCUCCUUCACUUCUUCCAAAUUCCCCUCCAACUCCUCUUCCCUCACACCUCCUCUGAAACUCCCCUUCUUCUCAACCCCUAGCCGCCAGCAUCUCCCUCCUCCGCCCACUACGAUUCGGGUGAUAGGGUUAGGGUUAGGGUUUCAGCGGAGGUGCAAAUGGGAAGGGAGUUCCGACAACUACGACCAUUUGAAGGCGGAGGUGAACUGCCCGCGCUGCUCUAAGCCCAUGACCGUACUCUUCUCCAAUCGACCUUUAUCGAUCACCGCCGGCGAGACCGGAAUUUAUCAGGCGGUUAAUUUGUGCCCCCAUUGCCGCACUGCGUUCUAUUUCCGGCCUUCCAAGUUGGAGCCCUUGCAGGGGAAUUUCAUUGAGAUUGGGCAGGUUAAGGGUGGGGUAGGGGAGAGGGAAAAUAACGGUAACACGGCCGCUGGCAGCGAGAAUGGAAAAGCUGCGGGAAAGAUUUGGGAGAAGUUGAGGACUUACAGUGGUAAUAAUAGUAGCAGUGAUGUUGGGGAAAGUAGCAGUACUAGUGAUAGUUGUAGUAGUAGCAGUAGUAGUGAGACUGAGGUGGAGGAGAGUAUGGAGGGGUCUGCCGGUGAGUGGACUGGGUUAAAUGUGGUGAAGAAGUUGCCAACUCCGAAAGAGAUAUGUAAAGGGCUUGAUGAGUUUGUAGUUGGGCAAGAGAGAGCCAAAAAGGUGCUCUCUGUGGCAGUUUACAAUCACUACAAAAGAAUAUAUGAUGCCUCCUCAACCCAAAUGGCAGGUGGAGAAUCAGGCAAAACUGUAGAUGAACAAGGAAACUUUGAAAGUGAUUUUGUUGAGUUGGAUAAGAGCAACGUGUUAUUGAUGGGUCCAACUGGCUCGGGCAAGACGUUACUUGCAAAGACACUAGCUCGUCUCGUAAAUGUUCCUUUUGUCAUUGCAGAUGCAACAACGUUGACACAGGCAGGUUAUGUUGGAGAGGAUGUGGAAUCAAUAUUGUUUAAAUUACUCAUGGCUGCAGACUUUGAUGUAGAAGCAGCUGAGCAUGGAAUUGUGUAUAUUGAUGAAGUUGAUAAGAUAACUAAGAAGGCUGAGAGCUUAAACAUCGGCAGAGAUGUAAGUGGGGAGGGUGUUCAACAGGGUCUGCUUAAAAUGCUGGAAGGAACUGUUGUAAAUGUACCUGAUAAUAGAGCACGGAAACAUUCUCGUGGUGACAGUAUUCAGAUAGAUACAAAAAAUAUCCUUUUUAUUUGUGGUGGAGCUUUUAUUGGACUGGAAAAGACAAUUUCAGAGAGGCGACAAGACUCUUCAAUUGGGUUUGGAGCUCCAGUUCGUACAAAUAUGAGCCUUAGUGCCCUUACAAAUGCUGUAGUGGCAUCGUCAUUGUUGGAAUCUGUAGAAAGUAAUGAUCUCACUGCAUAUGGCCUCAUUCCUGAGUUUGUUGGACGAUUUCCAAUUUUUGUUAGUUUAUCUGCUCUAGAUGAAAACCAACUUGUUCAGACUCCCAAAAUAAAAGGCCAUAUAAGAGAACUUCAGCCCUACAUUCUGAUGUGUCCCUAUAGAGCUCUGGAUAAGCCAAUUUGAAGAAUAGUAAUUUGGAAUAUGAAGCUUAACAGGUCUAUUGAUUCCCUCCUUAUAAGGAGUAAUGAUAGUUAUGGGAGAUAGGUGACAAUGCUAAGACAUGCAUGCUAGUGGGUUUGAAAAGUGGAUGGCAUAGCUGACCUGACUAUAUUUGAAUAAAGGGUGAGUUAUAUUAUCAACAGGUUAGCUCGAGCUGUGUUUUUGUGGAUAAGCAGGGCCUUAUUAAAUUCUCUUGGAGAAAUGGUUCAAUCUUGUGUUGUUGUGGAUAAGUUGGAAAGAAGCUAACAUUGUUGUAAAGGGAUCAUAGCAUAGGCUAAAAUAAACUUGCAGAGAUUUCUUUUCUUUUGGUAUAUGUAAAAAUAUAAUACAGGUUUAGAAUAGCUUAUGAAGUUUUUAAGCUCUAUGCAAAUUUGUUUGCGUAAAGUCUUUUGUAGCACAAGCUUGAUGCCACCCUUUUAUUGCUCACCAGUAGUUGAACUA